AUGAAACUUGCCUAAAAACUCCUUUACUCUUCACUUUUCCUAGGUUUAAUUCUAUUACUUUAGAACUUCGAAGCACCAGAAUCAACAUUAGAUGUUAAAUAAUAAAAGGAAGAGCUGUGUACAGAAGGUAAAUAUUUAUUUAAAUGAAAAUUAGAUCUUGAAGUAAGUGAUUCAGAAAGAGAUAGUGCUUAACAAAUACUUGAUGGUUUAUACGACUCAAAUAUCCGAGCCGAUGUUACAACAGCUGUUAAUGAUUAGACUGUUGGAAUAGAUUUGGCAUUAAAUCUGUUGAGAUAUAUAGUUCCUUGGGCAGUAUUUUUGAUAAUAUCAAUUUUCGGUUGGAUUUUCUAUUGCUGCUAUUGUUGUUGUGAUAAGUAAGAAAAUAUAUAAUUUUUAGAAAAUGUCCCCCAUCUUAAUGUUGUAGAAGAGAUUAUGAACAUAAUAAGUUAUCAAAAAUGGAGCUUUAUGUUCCAGUAGGAUUUUCUUUGAUCAUAAAUUUAUUGUUGUUUGCAGCUUCAAUAGCAGGAUUAGCUUAUGCUGGUGGUGUUGAAAGAGGUAUGAAAGCUGCUCGUUGUUCUUUAAUAUCCUUAUUCUAUGAUAUUGCAUAUGGAAACGAAAAUACAGAAGUUUCAAAAUUCCCUGGUUUAUCAGGUUUAGCCACAAAUAUUGACGCAAUAAGUAAAGAGAUAUCAGACUUUCAAAAAGAUCUGAAAACUACAUUUUCAGGUAAAACUUCUUAAAAAAUCAAACAGGAUAAGGAUAGCAUAAUUGUUGAAAAUAAUAAGUAUGAAUUAUAUGGAUUAUGUAUUUUAGUAUGAAAAGAGGAAAAUCAAAUGCAGCAAUACCAGUUUAAGAUGGAGGAGUAGAGACUUAUUUAUCUUCAUAAAACUUUGUAUUUUUUUAAUUCUAUUUGUUUAGUUAGAUUAUAUAUUGAUGUCUUCAGGUGAUGAUACUAAGUUUUCUACCAAUUAUAAUGGUUUAGCAUCCUACUACAAGGAUUAUUUAAAGUGUACACCUCAACCAGAUGCUUUUGCUUCUUAUUAUGAUGGAAUGAUUUAAACAUCAGAAGAAUUGGAAAAAUAAGCUGCAGAUAUUUCAGGAGAUUCAUUUGAUACUGCCACCCUUGAUAGUGGUAGUAGCACAAUUGAGGGAUUUAUUAAUGAUAUUAAUGAUGCUAGCACAACUCUAUAUGAUAAUACAAAAAUUCUUGAGGAUGCUGGGGCUUAUGCUUCUCUAGCUCUUAAUGUUUUAUUCGGUGUAGGUUUAGGUUUGAGCAUAGUAUCAAUUGCUUCAAUAAUAUUAAUAGUCCUAUUAAAGAUUUAUAAAGUAAGAGGUUUACUACAUUUUACUUGGUGUAUUUAUGUCAUUUUGAUGAUCUUAUGUUUUAUAUUAGCUUUACUUUUACAUCCAACCUCUGUUAUAUUUGCAGAAGUAUGUUAUUAUCUUAAUUCCUUUUUCACCGAUUAUGAAUUCUUUUAAUAAACAAAAUUCAUUGAUUAAGGAGAUACUAAAGAUAUAAUUGGUUCUUGCUUUUUCCCUGGUACAUCAAAAAGUCUCUUUGAAGUUAUGGAUCUAGCCUCUGCUACUGACCCAUUAACUAACUUUAAACAACAAAUCAAAGAUUUUUAGUCGUAGUUUACUUCAUUUGAUGGUCAAAAAAAAGAUUUUAAUGACAAACUGGAUAAUAAUUUAUUAGCAGUUAAAAAUUGUUAAGAUGGAUCUGUAUUUGAUUUAGAACCAGCUGCUCGUGCUGCAUUGGAUUCUGCAUUUAAUAAAUUCAAUUCAUUCAAAUCUAAUUCAGGAUGUGUUGAAUUAGCCACUACCAAAUGUGGAGAUGGAAAAUUACCAAUGAAAUCAAGUUCAGAUACUAAUAGUACUACAUUUAAUUAAAAAUGUUGGCAUCCUUCAUAUUUGGCUUCAAGUUCUCCUUCAUGUGCUGAUUAAAGUGGAUUAGCUGAAACUGCACAAUUGAAAUCUUAAUACAGUAAACAAUCUACUAAUUGGGCAUCAGCACUUUCAAAAGAAUAAAAAAUUAUCGAUUCAAAUAAAGCUACCUCUAAAACAUUUGAAGAUUAUAUGGGCAAGAUUAAUACCUUUAUCGGUGGUGCUGAUACUAUUAUGUAACAUUUAGAUGAAUUGUUAAAUGGAGUAGAUUGUUCAUUUUUGGCAGUAAAAUCAAUUUUUUUAUGUUUUAGGAAUCAUUUAAAAAUGUUUUAGAUGGCCUUUGUGUAAUUUUUAUUCCAGGAGUUUCCAGAACAGCUAUUUUAAUUAUCAUUAUUGGUGUUUCAAUGUUCUUUGGAUCUUUGGCUAAUUGUUGUGUUGGAUUGAGAUCCUAUAGAAUUUCUACAUAUGGUUUCAAAGAUGGAGAAAAUUAAGGUUCAAAGAUUGCUCCAAAAGACCCAGAAACUUAAGGAAUGAAUCAAUGACAUAUUAUCCAAUCAUGUAAAAAAUAAAUAUUAUUGAC